AUGGUUUCGCAGAGGCUCGCCUUCAAUGGGCCACAUCUUCACACAGUAUGGAUGCCAUCGAGCCGGUCAAACAGCAGCCAUAUUCCCAAGAAAGACAUUCGAUCGCAAGAAACAGCAAAAAGAGAUAUCGGCCCGAAAAACGAAAGGGAGACGCAGCGCAGCAUACCGUACACAGAGAAUUCUCCCAAGGAAGAGAGCCAAGCUGAAUCAUUAGCUGCCUCUGUAUCUAAGUAUUUGCACCUACCGAGAAUGCCUCAUAGGCCAACAAAACAGGAAUUGCUGGCUGCAGCGAACGGCUUUUGGGAGCGUUUAAGGGUGCGCUUGAAAUGGAUGUCAAUUAGGAGUAUGCGCCCGUGGAACGCGGACGAAUGGGGCGCAUUCGUUUCCUGGUUUUUAUUCGGGCAUCUUGUCUGGAUCUUGGUCGGGACGACAACUUUUUUCUCCUUGCUUAUACUUUCAAUCAACACGGUCUUUGCUCAAGAAACUCUCGCGCAAUGGGUUGGGGAUUACUUGACCCAGUCAGCGGGGGUCACCGUAAUAUUUGAAUCCGCCAUCGUUCCCAAAUGGGGAGAUGGUGUCAUCGCGUUCCGCAACGUGUUUGUCUCUCGCCGUCCGGGACAAGUCAAGUCGUCGGUCAGCAAAGGCUCAUAUGACGAGGCUGCGGCGGCGGCGGCGGGGCGUCAAGCGCAGCUCGCCAACACGGAAGACACGGAAGAUGAUGGCAAUUACACACAAUUUGACAUGACAAUUGCCAACGUCAACGUCACCCUUUCGUUUCUCAAUUGGUGGGACGGAAAGGGUCUACUGAAAGAUGUGGAAGUUAACGGAGUCCGUGGUGUGAUCGAUCGUACAUCCGUCCGAUGGCCGCUUGUCCCUUUGGACCCCUAUUCAUACAGACAUGAGCAUCAACCGGGCGAUUUCGAGAUUGAAUCGUUCAAACUUGAAGAUUUGCUGGUAACCAUACACCAACCGAACGGUUUCCGACCAUUCUCUGUGAGCAUUUACUCUUGUGAGUUGCCACAGUUGCGAAAGCAGUGGAUUUUCUAUGAUUUUCUGGCUGCUACACACGUGUCUGGUUCUUUUGACGGGUCUCUUUUCACAAUUCACCCUCGUCAAGUCCACGGCAUCCCAUCCAAUCAUUUUCAGGGAAGACUCAUAGAUGCCGACGAAUCCAAGGCCUGGAAGAAGUCGAGCCGCCUCAGGAUUGAUGGGCUCAAAAUUGACCAUCUGAACCGUGGCGUAGAAGGUCCUUUUGGAUGGAUCUAUGAAGGCGACGUGGACAUUGUUGCCGACGUCAUGUUCCCUGCGGACAACGAAGAGAGCCUGAGCAAGGUCAUGAUGGAUUUCUACGAUCAGCUUGAAGAAGUCGUUACGGCCAACAGGAAUCGAUUUAUCCGCAACACGAUAGUCAGGGAAGUCCCUCAACCUCUGAUGGUCCAGUCCGGUCACAUUUCAGAAGCUGCUACAGCACCGCCACCGUUGGAAGAGGAGCCCAAAGCGACUGCGUUUGCCCGAGGGGAUGAAGACCGGCACUUUCUCAUCAUGGACCUGCGAAUUCAUCUCAACGACGUUAAGGCUGCGAUGCCCUUAUUUACCAAGGACAUGUCCUACGUCAACCAAGCGCUGAUCCGCCCCAUUGUGGCCUACAUCAACGCCAAGAAAACUUACAUACCUAUCUCGUGCCGCAUAGUCAAGCGCCUGAGCGAUUUUGACGGCUCCUGGACCGUCCUUGACUGCGGCUUGAUGGACGACGCGUCCGCCGAGACAUACGAGGCCUUUGCGCAAGACAUUGAAGACCGAAACUCGCGCGUGCGCCGCUUCAAAAAGGUGGGCUUCUGGACCCUGUCGCUCGCUAUCCACGCUCUUUUUAUGGGCAUGGCGGGCAACGUCGUUUAG